GGAACUCUUUCCCCUCGACGGAGUUGCUGAGUCACACAAGGAAAUGUCAGUCAUCAGCAGCAGCCAAGCAUCGUCAAGGGUAGAUGCCAGAUGCCAGGUCCUGAAUCGGCAUGCUGGCCUCUCGUUAAUCUUGGAUACAUGUCCCGUAUCGAUAUCUGUAAGAUAUCUAUUGGAUCAAACUUGAUGUCACUCCGUCACCACUCUCACCCACCAGUCUCCGCGGAGUCGGCGCGGACCGAGUCCACCUCCAGACGGGAACAAACAUAACUUGGCCAUGGUGCCCCGCCACCCUUCUCAUUGUUGCAGAAACACCCUGACAGAAUACCGGUAGUAGCAGUCAGUCAGCCUUCAACUCACACUUUUAGUUAUUACCUACCUACUAUGGGUGCGGUUGCGCGCUGUCUGUCCCAGCGCAUCCGGCUCGGGACGCUGCAUACGCCAACGACGAAUAGAAGGCCCCGAACGACUCCGUCACAAUUUCGAGGUGUUGCGUCGGCGACUCUCGCCCAUCCCUUUCAAGGGGUCCAGACGUUUUCUGCUUCGCCUGCGCCGUCACCAGCUGUCGACGAACCUCUUCCUCAACCUCCAUCAUCACACCGACUGCCCCCCAGCCCUGCUGACCGCGGCUCCCGGGUUAUUGGACCGACGCCCCCGCCCUCAUCGAGCUCUCGCAAGGAUCGCAUCCGCGAGGCCAGGCCCUUCUCCGAUUUCCUCACGGAUAACUUCGAUCGCCAGCACGACUACUUGCGCAUCUCCGUAACUGAGCGAUGCAACCUACGAUGUCUAUACUGCAUGCCUGAAGAGGGUGUGCCCCUCUCGCCUCAGAAGGAGCUCCUCACCACCCCCGAAAUUGUGAUGCUCUCGUCUCUGUUUGUGUCCCAGGGCGUUACCAAAAUUCGUCUGACGGGAGGCGAGCCCACUGUGCGGCGGGAUAUUGUGCCUUUGAUGCAGCAGAUCGGAGCCCUGCGAGCCCAGGGCCUUCGCGAGCUCUGCCUCACUACCAAUGGCCUAUCGCUCCACCGCAAACUGGACGCCAUGGUAGAGGCUGGCUUGACGGGAGUAAACCUGUCUCUCGACACCCUGGACCAAUGGCAGUAUCAGUUGAUGACGCGGCGGGCGGGAUUCAGCGCCGUACAGAAGACUAUCGACCGCAUUUUCGAGCUGAACCGCGCGGGCGCGGGCAUCAAGUUUAAGAUCAACUGUGUGAUCAUGCGCGGGGUGAACGACCGGGAGAUUCUGCCAUUUGUGGAAAUGACGCGGGAGAAGGAUGUCGAGGUGCGCUUCAUUGAGUACAUGCCGUUUGACGGCAACAAGUGGAGCAAGGGCAAGAUGUUCAGCUACCAAGAGAUGCUGGAUCUGAUCCGCUCCCGGUAUCCGGACCUUCAAAGGGAGGCGGGCCACAAGAACGACACAAGCAAGACCUUCCAGGUGCCAGGCUUUGUUGGCAAGCUUGGGUUCGUCACGAGCAUGACCCACAACUUUUGCGGCACAUGCAACAGGCUCCGGAUCACCAGUGACGGCAACCUGAAGGUGUGCCUCUUUGGGAAUGCCGAGGUUUCCGUAAGAGACAUCUUGCGAAAGGUGAACGGGGGCGAGCCAAUCGACGAGGAAGCCUUGGAGUUGCUGAAGCAAACUGCCCUGGACGGCUUGAAACAAUCAUCACAGCUGUUGGUACCCAACUCUGAGGAGCUCCUCAACGUGAUUGGUAUGGCUGUAAAGCGGAAGAAGGAAAAGCACGCUGGCCUUGGCGAGCUGGAGCAUAUGAAAAAUAGGCCUAUGAUACUGAUCGAUCCGCCAGCCACGUUUCAGCGGCACCAUUCUCGGUGGCAUCAUCACAUCGGUUUCGCGCCAAGUACCAGCCUUACCAACAAGGGACCAGCACCUCUCAGCGGCUUUCCGGUCCCGGGCUCUGGCAGCACUUCUGGUUUCCAGCAGCUACGCCUCUUCACGAGCACAUCUCGACAGUUCCGUCAGGAUGGCAAGGACAACGAUUCCAAAGGUCCGAAACUGACGCAUGUCACCUCUUCUGGAGAGGCCCAUAUGGUCUCGAUUUCAGACAAGACGCCCACAAAACGCGUGGCCACAGCCAAAUGUACUGUGUACUUCUCGGACCCGGCGGUUCUCAGACUUAUCAAAGAGAAUCAAAUGAAAAAGGGAGAUGUGCUCGGAGUGGCGAGGAUAGCGGGCAUCAUGGCGGCGAAACGGACGCCGGACCUCAUUCCGCUGUGCCAUCCUAUUGCUCUGACGCAUGCCGAGGUCGAGCUGGCGCCUGUGGAAGCAAACAUUGAAGACGAAACCAAUGGCCAGAACAAGGGAGGCGCGAUUGAGAUUACGGCAACAGUUUCUUGUGAUGGCAAAACGGGCGUGGAGAUGGAAGCGCUCACAGCUGCGUCAACCGCUGCCCUGACAGUCUACGACAUGUGUAAAGCGGUCGACAAGGCAAUGGUCAUCGAGGGCUUGAAAGUGGUUCUCAAGGAGGGUGGCAAGAGCGGAAGAUGGGAGAUGCCAUGACGAUACUGGGAAGCUCAUGAGAUUAACCAACAUUCCUCGAAAAAGAUCAACCGGCAGUUGGGAAGUGGUGGGAGCUGUAGCCGAGAACGUGGGUUGCGGUUGAGGCUGACGGGAACAUGAUGGGAUGAUCCCUCCAACAAAGCACCACCGAUGGAAGCAAGCAGAUCCGGUUCAACGACGCCAUGGUGUGCCCGAAUUCAGUAAGGCUGACUGAUCGACCAAGUUCUUCUGGCCAAGACAUGACAGAAAAGUGACAGCUCUGAUCAUGAUCCAGCUAAAGCCAUCGUAGCGGCGGUGAUAUUGAUGAUGUAUGCGGGGCUAUUUUCUGUAUCUAGAGACCAACUGCAGCAUCUGCCUGUUUGCGUAUGCAGGGCAUCGACAUCGUCUCUGCAAGAGAGAGGCCAAGUUUCUCGCUUUCUCUGGAGUGGUCCUGUUUUGCUUCUUUUGUUGACAGCUCAAAGCGCACCAAUGGAGAUACAUCGAGAGUGAAAAUGUUGGCUUCUUUGCUCUUCUGUGUCGUAGCAGACAAGAGCUGCUGAACAGGUCUCCCUACUCCUGUCCCUCCCUUGGCAAAA